CUUUCUCUGCUGCGAGCUUCCAAAAUGACAAAGAAAAGAAGGAACAACGGUCGUGCCAAAAAGGGCCGCGGCCAUGUUCAGCCUAUUCGCUGCACGAACUGUGCCCGAUGCGUGCCCAAGGACAAGGCCAUUAAGAAAUUCGUCAUUCGAAACAUAGUGGAGGCCGCAGCAGUCAGGGAUAUUUCUGAAGCGAGCGUCUUUGAUGCCUAUGUACUUCCCAAGCUCUAUGUGAAGCUACAUUACUGUGUGAGUUGUGCAAUUCACAGCAAAGUAGUCAGGAAUCGAUCUCGUGAAGCCCGCAAGAACCGAACACCGCCACCCCGAUUUAGACCUGCGGGUGCUGCCCCACGACCCCCACCAAAACCCAUGUAAGGAGCUGAGUAAAAGAUUGAAGACAACUAUUCCCUGGAGAAAAAUAAAAUGGAAAUUGUACUUGAAAAAAAAAAAAAAAAAAAAAAAAAAAAA